GGCUGCAGCUGGAGCCCUAGGUACCGGCGGCACUGUAGACGCCCCCUCCCGGCUUUCUCCCCACAUCCCCUCCACUACGUUCGUCCCGCGCGCCUCCCCGCUGUCGCCCUCACCGGCUCUGCCGUCCUACUUCACAGACGCUUUCCCCUCAGAGUCUUAACCCCCUCUUUCACGGAGCCCCGUGCUCUCAAGAUCCCCGCAAACAACUCCGCACCUCAUUCCCCAGAGGCCGCCCGAGUCCCCUCACACUCCCGCCCCUCACAGCACCCCCUACUCCCGCGUCGCCUGCCUCCAGCCCUCUCACGGUCGCUGACCCCCGCCCCCGUCCUGAGGGGACUCCCCGGCUCGAGCAGGGUGGGGGAGGCGCCGAGCGCGCGGCGGCGGCGGCGGCGGCGGCGGCAGGAGGGAGAAAGUGAAGCGGCCCCUCGCGCACACUCGCGCGCUCACUCCCUGGCUCGGCCGCCGCCACCAGGGUGGAGGAGGAGGAGGAGCGGAGUCGAGCCGAGCGAGCGCGGAAGUAGCUGCUGGUGGUGGUGACGAUGUCAAAUAACGGCCUAGACAUUCAAGACAAACCUCCAGCCCCUCCGAUGAGAAACACCAGCACUAUGAUUGGAGCUGGCAGCAAAGAUGCUGGAACCCUAAACCACGGUUCCAAACCUCUGCCUCCAAACCCAGAGGAGAAGAAAAAGAAGGACCGAUUUUACCGAUCCAUCUUACCUGGAGAUAAAACAAAUAAAAAGAAGGAGAAGGAACGGCCAGAGAUUUCUCUUCCUUCAGAUUUUGAGCACACAAUUCACGUUGGUUUUGAUGCUGUCACAGGGGAGUUUACAGGAAUGCCAGAGCAGUGGGCUCGCUUGCUUCAAACAUCAAAUAUCACUAAGUCAGAGCAGAAGAAAAACCCACAAGCUGUUCUGGAUGUAUUGGAAUUUUAUAACUCAAAGAAGACCUCCAACAGCCAGAAGUACAUGAGCUUUACAGAUAAAUCAGCUGAAGAUUAUAAUUCUUCUAACACUUUGAAUGUGAAGACGGUGUCUGAGACUCCUGCAGUGCCACCAGUUUCAGAAGAUGAAGAUGAUGAUGAUGAUGCUACCCCUCCUCCAGUGAUUGCUCCACGCCCAGAGCACACAAAAUCUGUAUACACACGGUCUGUGAUUGAACCGCUUCCUGUUACUCCAACUCGGGAUGUGGCUACAUCUCCCAUUUCACCUACUGAGAAUAAUACCAUUCCACCAGAUGCUCUGACCCGGAAUACUGAGAAGCAGAAGAAGAAGCCUAAAAUGUCUGAUGAGGAGAUCUUGGAGAAAUUACGGAGCAUAGUGAGUGUGGGCGAUCCUAAGAAGAAAUAUACACGGUUUGAGAAGAUUGGACAAGGUGCUUCAGGCACUGUGUACACUGCAAUGGAUGUGGCCACAGGACAGGAGGUGGCCAUUAAGCAGAUGAACCUUCAGCAGCAGCCGAAGAAAGAGCUGAUUAUUAAUGAGAUCCUGGUCAUGAGGGAAAACAAGAACCCAAAUAUUGUCAACUACUUGGACAGUUACCUCGUGGGAGAUGAGCUGUGGGUUGUCAUGGAAUACUUGGCUGGAGGCUCUUUGACAGAUGUGGUAACAGAAACUUGCAUGGAUGAAGGCCAGAUCGCAGCUGUCUGCCGUGAGUGCCUGCAGGCUUUGGAGUUUCUGCAUUCGAACCAGGUCAUUCACAGAGACAUCAAGAGUGACAAUAUCCUGUUGGGAAUGGAUGGUUCUGUCAAGCUAACUGACUUUGGAUUCUGUGCCCAGAUCACCCCAGAGCAGAGCAAACGGAGCACCAUGGUGGGAACCCCAUACUGGAUGGCACCAGAGGUUGUGACACGGAAAGCCUAUGGGCCCAAGGUUGACAUCUGGUCCCUGGGCAUCAUGGCCAUUGAAAUGAUUGAAGGGGAGCCCCCAUACCUCAAUGAAAAUCCUCUCAGAGCCUUGUACCUCAUUGCCACCAAUGGGACCCCGGAGCUUCAGAACCCAGAGAAGCUAUCAGCUUUUUUCCGGGACUUUCUGAACCGCUGUCUUGAGAUGGAUGUGGAGAAGAGAGGUUCAGCUAAAGAGCUGCUGCAGCAUCAGUUCCUGAAGAUUGCCAAGCCCCUUUCCAGCCUCACUCCACUGAUUGCUGCAGCAAAGGAGGCAACCAAGAACAAUCACUAAAACCACGCUUGCCCCAGCCUCAUUGUGCCAAGACUUCUGUGAAAUAAAUGCUCAUUUUAGAAAUUCAA